AGCUGAUUAGCACCUUUCAUGCAGCGCCGCAUUGUACUGUUUACGUAAAAUUUACCUGAUAACGGCGUUAAAUGUUUUCUGCCUUAUAAGUUUUUAGCAUAUUUCUAAAACAAGAGAAAAAUUAAAAUGAAUCAAGCCGAUGUAAGUAAGCUGAUGUCGCAAUUGCGGAUUGCAGUGAAACCACGUCGAAAUCUCAAAAAUCCUGAUGGACCUGAGGGACGUUUACUAAAACUACGCAAAACUGUGACUGCUCUGGUGAAGCAUGAGCGUAUAGAAUUGUAUUACAAUCGAGCUGAUGAAGCGCGAGGCUAUGCAGAACUGCUAAUUUCCAACGCAAUACGAUAUGGCGAUCGUCACACAUCCACAAUGGAGCUGGCCGAUUAUUGGAAAUCUGGGGGGCUUCUCUGUAAUGCGAUACGACAGAGAAAUGCGAUGCGAUAG